AUGGGCGACGCUAACCCCGCCGACCCGACCGUCCUUCCGGGCUUCGGCCAGGACCAGCCCGACCAUGUCCGAUUUCCAAACACCAGACUGCGAAACUCGCGAUCAGCCUCCAUCUCGACAUGGACAACCACCUCUGGCGGCCACUCCCACACUCAUUCGCAACCCAACAAUAACCCGCGCGAACCCGAGCAAUGUCGUAUUUGCCGAGGCGAAGCUACUCCCGACGAUCCCUUGUACCACCCGUGCAAGUGUAGCGGAAGUAUCAAAUGGGUCCAUCAGGAAUGUCUGAUGCAAUGGCUGGCCCAGACCCAGAGGAAACACUGCGAGCUGUGCAAGACACCCUUCCGCUUCACCAAGCUUUACGAUCCCGACAUGCCCAGGACUGUUCCUGCCCACAUCUUCAUCGGCCACAUGUUCAAAUACUCGGUCCGUAAGCUUCUCGUCUGGGCAAGGGCCGCCCUCGUCGUUAGUGUCUGGCUUGGGUGGCUCCCCUACUUCAUGCGCUCGGUAUGGGCCAUGCUGUUCUGGCUCUGUGAGGAAGGCUGGGGAGGUCCGGCUCUGUUUUCAAGGUCUCAAAACAUAUCGUCAAACGGUUUCUCAGUUACGGCUUACAGCACCACCUUCGUAAACAGCCUUACUGGUGCCAAUUCAGGUGCAGGCUACUCGUUCCUUUCCGUCCUACUUCGAAUCAUAUUUGGCUCAGGCGGUAUCGUGGACAGGACUCCUCCGCCCCUCAAGGAAAUUCCCAGUCAUCUCUCCAACAACGUCACUGCGACACUGUUCAUCGACCAAACGGCUUCACCUUACAGCAAUGUGUCCUAUCCACCUUCGCUGCUCAGCGAGGUCGGCUUUUUGAAGAACUUAACCCGGAACCCUACAGUCAACAACAACAUCAUUGCGGUUCUCGAGGGCCAGAUCAUCACCGUCCUCGUCGUUGUCUGUUUUAUCUUGAUCAUUCUUGUCAGAGAUUACGUGGUUCAACAGCAGCCGGAAAUCAACGAGCGCGCCGCUUUUGCCAACCUUCAAAACGUGCAGCCCCAGGUAGCUCAGGUCAAUGUUCCCGACCCUGCCAUGAACGGUAACCACAACGGUGGCCACAACGGUGACCACAACGGUGACCAUCUCGGUGGUAUCGAAGAAGAAGAGGAUGCAGGUACUGACGACGAACAUGCCUGGCAUGCUCAACCUCCCCAGCCUGGACCCCAGCCGGACAGGAAUCCCGUCAACAAUCCCUAUGCUUCUGACCUGGAGAGAGAACUCGGAGAAUCGGACUCAUCUACCAUAGAUGAGUAUCUCAACAUCUACAGGGAGGCCGGCGGAAACCCCGACAGAAUUGUUGAGCUGGCCCAGGAGCGUGGUCUGGAGGAAAGAUUGGCCUACUGGAUAGCCCUUACCAAGACCAUGAAGGAGCGCGCCGCCCGAGUUCAGGCAAACUACAAUGACGGCCUCAACCCUUCCGCGGCGGAAUCCAGUACUACCGCAGCAGCGAGACCGUCAGGCCACAAUUUGGAGAUGGACAGCACUCCUGCCGCCCCACGACCCGAUCCGUUUGAUGACUGGCGCUAUCCUUUGGAAGAAGAUGAUCAUCAGGCUGAAGAAACCGGACAAGGUUCUAGGGACAAGGGCAAGGGCGUUGCGACUGAUGAUUUUGACACCGAGUCGGAUCCCGAAAUUAUCGGUGCUUCCUCGAGGCCGCGCGCCAAUACAGAUGGGCCUGAGAUCAGAAUGCACACCAAUCCUCUGGGUAGCAACAGCUGGUCGUUCAAUGACUUACCAGAAGACGGCCCGAACAGUCCGUCGACGGAAGAAAGGCCCUCUCAGGUUAUUUCAACGGCCCCGGAUCUCAAUACUGACAAUUAUUCUUCCAAUACCGAGGUCGAACCUUUGCUCGCUUCUCUGGCUGGCCAAGGGGAAUCCGAGUCAUUCCAGGAGAAUCGCAGCCAAGAUGGCAAUAGGGAUAUAGCCGAUGAUGUCCGUGUACACACAGAGCCUUGGGGAGCCAACCCCAUCCCAGAGCGUCAGUCGGAAUCACAAGAACUGACAGAUAUACCCUGGCCCACCCUCGACGAGAGUACGGCUGACAGCCCCGCACAACCUCCUCAACCUCGUGGAUUCGUCCCUAGAGUGACCGACUUCAUGUGGCAAGGCGUCGAGGCGGAUCAGGCGCAACAUGAUGCUAUUGAUAUCAUCGCUGACGCUUUGAUGAGACGGGACGACCAAGACAACGUGGACGUUCGCGAUGACGCUAGACUUGACAACGAUGAUGACCUAGACCAGGAUGAUGAUGACGCCGCAGCAGCAAUUGGCCUCGAACAAGACGCCAUUGACGAUGCCGAAGACCUCGAGGGCGUCCUGGAGCUUCUUGGAAUGCGCGGGCCUUUGGCUGGCCUGUUCCAAAACGCCAUCUUUUGUGUUUUGCUCGUGUCAGCCACCAUCUUUCUCGGCUUGUUCGUUCCCUACAACAUCGGCCGCUAUUCGCUGUGGUUCAUUGCGAAGCCUAUGCGUCCAGUCUGGAUCCUCUACAGUCUGUGCAGGUUCAUCCAGGACAUGGUUGUUAUUGCCUUCGGGCUUGUCUCUCACGCACUCUCUCUGGUGCAUCCAAGUCUAGGACUGGGUGGUGUGGCUCGCCUGGUUACGAAGCUCCUCUUCGGUAGCCGUUACGCGACAGCGACUCUUGAUCCGCACAUUGAAAUGACCAACGCCGCCAAGCGAGUUGGGCACACGGUGAUUCACGAGCUUGGUCGCGUGUCCAUGUCGGAGAUUCACACCUUUUCUGCUGUCAGUCACGAAGCCUUGUUGUCGGUCAAGGGGCAGAUCUUUUCCGGCUUUGCCGCCCUGGGUUCUGCUCUUGUCUUCAUCUUUGGCGGUGACUACUCUACCAAAGCCCCGUUGGUGUUCUCCGCGGCCAGCAGUGCAACUGCACUUGCCCUGAACGCCCUCAAGACUCUGCCUGCGACCUUGUUGAAGCCUAACCUGGUCAUCAACGUCAACUUCCCUGACGCGAGUCAUGCUAUCGACCCGGCAUUGGCAUACUGGAAUGGUACAGACAGAUUCUGGGCAAUCCUUGCUGGCUACCUCACGAUUUACAUCGCGGCAGUAUUGUACCUGCGUCGUGGCGGACCUAUCUCGUCUAGCCAGACCGGACAAGAGUGGGAGGCAGCCAUCAUUGACGCACUCAACCAGGCAAGCGGUGUGAUGAAGGUCAUCCUUAUUAUCGGCAUUGAGAUGCUCGUCUUCCCACUUUACUGUGGCAUGCUCUUGGACAUCGCACUCUUGCCCUUAUUCGAGAAUGCCACCCUCAUGUCCCGCCUCCAAUUCACCCUCAACUUCCCCGUUACGUCGAUCUUCGUUCAUUGGUUCGUAGGUACAGCCUACAUGUUUCACUUUGCGCUGUUCGUCUCCAUGUGCCGCAAGAUCAUGCGUCGGGGAGUUCUCUACUUCAUUCGCGACCCAGACGAUCCCGAGUUCCACCCGGUACGCGAUGUACUGGAGCGCAAUGUCACGACUCAGCUGCGCAAGAUUGCGUUUUCUGCUCUCGUCUACGGCGCGCUUGUCAUAAUCUGCCUCGGCGCUGUGGUCUGGGGGCUGGCGCUCUCACUGCCUAACGUCCUGCCGAUUCACUACUCGUCCAACGAGCCAGUGCUCGAGUUCCCGCUUGACCUUCUCUUUUACAACUUCCUGAUGCCCUUGGCGGUCAAGUUCUUCAAGCCUGGUGAUGGACUACAUGCCAUGUAUACCUGGUGGUUCCGCACAUGCGGUCGUUGCUUGAGGAUUACUUGGUUCCUGUUUGGGGAGCGCAAGGCGGAUGAAGAAGGUCGUCUGCGCAUGAUUGAGAGAGGCCCCGGAUCCCAGGAAUCAUGGUGGCAGGCGAUGUUCCUGCAGUUGGAUGAGUCCAAUGGACUUGUGAGGCCGUGGAAGCCCAAGUUCGUGGCCGAAAGCACCAAGGCCGAGGCCUCCGAGUCCGAACCUGAAUCACCGAACAUCAGAGGGUAUGUGCCGUCUGAGUCUGAGGCUAGGGAAUCUGAGGCCAGGGAACGGUCCCCUGAAGAAGGCUUCAAGGAUUACUUGGUGGAUACCAAGCAACUCAUUCCCGAUGGACGCUUCGUUCGCGCUCCGGCCUCCGACCAGGUCAAGAUUCCAAAGGGCAAGACGGUGUUCCUGGAAGUGUCGGAGAAGAAUGAGAGACUGGACGGCAAGCCUGAUGUACCCGAGACCGAUCUUUACUCGACGACACAGUACCGUCUGGUGUAUGUUCCGCCGCACUUCCGGGUCCGCAUCUUCUUCUUUAUUCUCCUCAUCUGGAUGUUUGCCGCCGCUACGGGCGUCGGCAUCACGAUUAUCCCCUUGGUCUUUGGCCGCUGGAUGUUCCAGCUCUUGAUUCCCGAAGGUGUGAGGACGAAUGACAUUUACGCCUUCGGCAUCGGCAUCCACGUUUUGGGGUCGAUUGUUUACGCGCUCAUCAACAUCCGGUCCCUUUCUCAGACUGCCAAGAUUCGAGUCGCCGGAGCUAUCGUAUCAGUCUUUAACAACGGCGCAGUCCGCCGCGGCCUGGCCGUAAUCACCCGCAUCGCCAAGAUCGUCUACUCCUACUUCUUCCUCCUGGUUGUCUUCCCUCUCAUGAUCGCCUCCGUCGCCGAGCUCUACUUCAUGAUGCCCCUGCACGAAUUCAUGUACAGCGUUCCGAUUGCCCAAGACAUCAAGCAAGUCACGAUCGAACACGCGGCCGCUCUCAACCCGCGCCACACCAUCCGCGUUAUGCAAUCCUGGACCAUCGGUCUUUUGUAUCUGAAGCUUUCUGUCAGAGGAAUCACCACUUGGUUCAGCGGUAGUCGUUUGGCACUCGCCACCAAGGCCGUGUUGCGACGGGGGUGGUUCAACCCCAACGCUGGCGUUUUGACUCGAGCAUUCGUCAUUCCUGCCAUCCUCCUCUGGACCGUCGCUAUGGCCAUCCCUACCCUCUUCGCCAAGUUCAUGAUCUCCUGGAGUCUGGCGGAAACGUUGACCCUUCGCCAUCCUCAAGCCGUCGUUGACGGUGUGGUGGACCAAACUUUCUACGACGCCUACGUCGUGCUCAUCUACCGACGUAGCUUCCCGCUUACAGCACUUUUGUUGUUGGCUGUGGCGGCGGUGUGGGGUUUAUUAGAGUAUAAACAGCGUAGCAUAAAGGAUAUUUGUUACUUGCAGUCUGCGGUUGCUAGACACUUGCGCUGCUUUGAUGCGUUGGAGAUGGCGUCUGUCGUUGUGGUGCAAAGAGCUGGAUUGUAUCAAGAGCCAUACAAAAAGACAGAACGACAAGUCCAGCUCGAAGUCCAAAGAAUCCAAAACAUUGAUUUCCAAUCAUCGCUGUCGCCACUUUUCAACACCAAAUCACAAAGCAGCAUGCUAUAUAGUCAGUCGCCUGCCAAAUCUUCAAGAAAACAAAAACCCGAAACCAAAAGACAAACAACGCCCACUAAUGAUCCUCCACAUCCUCAUCCCUCCCGGGAUAACAAAUAUCCUGCACCACCACCGCCCUCACAUGAUGUCCCAACACAAACAAAUACGUCCCCAAAAGACAAAUACUCAUGCCCGUACCCACCCACAACACCGCGUCACUCUUGA